UUUUUGCUUAUAAAAACUCUCUUUCCUUUAACAAAACUCCAUUUAUAGACACUCCUCUCCUCUUCUCUCACUAUAACCACUUCUCUUUCAAAUAUUUAUAAUCUCUUCAGAGAAGUACUUAAUCGAUCGGAAGAAUGGGAGGCGGUGGACGAAUGUCAACUACGCCAAGCGAGAAUGGUGAUGUUAGGGGAAGCAGCCACACCAAGCGAGUUCCGCAUACGAAACCGCCCUUCACACUUGGCCAACUCAAGAAAGCUAUCCCAACUCAUUGCUUUAAACGUUCACUUAUUCAAUCAUUUUCCUAUGUAGUUUAUGACCUUGCUUUAUCUUUCCUUUUCUACUACAUUGCCACUAAUUAUUUCCAUCGCCUUCCUUCUCCGCUUCCCUUUGUCGCUUGGCCCGUAUAUUGGAUUUUCCAAGGCUGCAUUCUCACCGGUGUUUGGGUCAUUGCUCAUGAAUGUGGUCACCAUGCUUUUAGUGACUACGAAUUAGUAGAUGACAUUGUUGGCCUAAUUCUCCAUUCAGCCCUCUUAGUUCCCUACUUCUCAUGGAAAUUUAGCCAUCGUCGCCAUCACUCUAACACCGCGUCUCUUGACCGAGACGAAGUUUUUGUCCCGAAACCAAAGUCCAAAAUCGCAUGGUAUUCCAAGUAUUUAAAUAACCCGCCAGGUCGAGUUUUAAGUCUCGCGGCAACACUUGCUAUAGGGUGGCCUUUGUACUUAACCUUUAAUGUCUCGGGAAGACAUUAUGAUCGGUUCGCUUGUCAUUAUGAUCCUUAUGGUCCGAUUUUUUCUGAUAGGGAAAGGAUUCAAAUUUACAUUUCUGAUAUUGGGAUUUUCACUACUACAUUUGUGCUCUAUCAAGCUACCAUGGCGAAAGGGUUAGCUUGGGUUAUAUGCGUCUACGGUAUACCUCUUCUUAUCGUUAAUUCUUUUCUUGUUAUGAUCACAUAUUUGCAGCACACUCACCCAGCAUUACCGCAUUAUACCUCGUCGGAAUGGGAUUGGCUACGGGGAGCAUUGUCGACAGUCGAUAGAGACUACGGGGUGCUGAACAAAGUAUUCCAUAAUAUCACAGAUACUCAUGUAGCCCAUCAUCUAUUUUCCACAAUGCCACAUUAUCACGCAAUGGAGGCAACAAAAGCAAUCAAGCCUAUCCUCGGCGAGUACUAUCGGUUUGAUGGUACUCCGGUUUAUAAGGCGUUGUGGAGGGAGGCAAAGGAGUGUUUGUUCGUCGAACCCGAUGAGGGAUCUCCAAACCAAGGUGUGGUCUGGUACCAUAACAAGUAUUAAGAGUAUGCAAUGUGGUCUGUUCAAGUGAAGUAUUGGAAGAACAAGUGUCUUAUGUAGUGUUGUUUGGUUGAGUCUGUUAAUGGAACUGUUCCUAUGUGUGAGAGUAUUUUAAAUUUUAGUUGAACUAUCUAAGCUGGUUGUUUUUGUUUGAAAUCCCUAGCCUCUAAUGCAUAAAAACAACUUAAAACAACU